AUGGACCAAAGCCUUUUCCUAAUGAGUCAUUGCAUCCAGCAGAUCCUGGAGGCCGUGCUCCACUGCCAUCAGAUGGGGGUGGUACACAGAGACCUCAAGCCAGAGAACCUGCUGCUGGCCAGCAAGUGUAAGAACGCUGCGGUGAAGCUGGCUGACUUUGGACUCGCUAUUGAAGUCCAAGGAGACCAGCAGGCUUGGUUUGGUUUUGCAGGGACUCCCGGCUAUUUGUCUCCGGAGGUUUUGAGGAAGGAGGCGUACGGUAAACCUGUAGACAUCUGGGCAUGUGGUGUGAUCCUCUACAUCCUUUUGGUUGGUUACCCUCCGUUCUGGGACGAGGACCAGCACAAACUCUACCAGCAGAUCAAAGCUGGAGCGUACGAUUUUCCCUCCCCAGAGUGGGACACGGUGACUCCGGAGGCUAAGAAUCUGAUCAACCAGAUGCUGACGAUCAACCCAUCGAAGAGAAUCACUGCUCAGGAGGCUCUGAAGCACCCAUGGGUCUGCCAACGCUCCACGGUGGCGUCCAUGAUGCACCGACAGGAAACGGUUGAGUGCUUGAAGAAGUUCAACGCCAGGAGGAAACUGAAGGGAGCCAUUUUGACCACCAUGCUCGUCUCCAGGAACUUUUCUGUGGGUCGACAGACUACAGCCCCCGCCUCCAUCAGCGCCGUCGCCGGGACGACCGCCGGCAUCGUGGAGCAAGCCAAGAGUCUCCUCAAUAAGAAGGCUGAUGUCAAGUGUUGGACAAAUGAUGAAAAAUUGAAAGCCCGAAAACAGGAGAUCAUAAAGAUCACAGAGCAGCUGAUCGAAGCUGUCAACAACGGAGACUUUGAGGCCUAUGCGAAGAUCUGCGACCCGGGGCUGACUUCGUUUGAGCCGGAGGGGCUCGGUAAUCUGGUGGAGGGGAUGGACUUCCACAGAUUUUACUUUGACAACUCCCUCUCUAAGAACAGUAAGCCCAUCCACACCACCAUCCUCAACCCUCACGUGCACAUGAUCGGAGACGACGCUGCGUGCAUCGCCUACAUCCGCCUGACGCAGUUCGUGGACGGACAGGGACGCCCUCGCUCCAGCCAAUCAGAAGAGACCCGGGUCUGGCACCGCAGGGAGAGCCGGUGGCAAAACGUUCACUUCCACUGCUCAGGAGCUCCCGCCGCCCCGCUGCAGGGAUGA